AGAGAAACUCCUCUGAGCCUCCACUCUGCACAAGUUUAAACCUCAAACGCAGGAAAGCAGGAAGAAGGGCAAAGGUUUACACCUUUUUGAGCAGGAUGGGGAACACGAAGAGCAGUGCUUUGUCAAAGGAGCUCCUAGAGGAACUGAAGUCCAACACCAAAUACACCGAAGCUGAGCUCUGUACAUGGUACCAGUCCUUCCUGAAAGAGUGUCCCAGCGGGAAGAUCACCAAGGAGCAGUUUGAAGGCAUCUAUGCCAGCUUCUUCCCGGGCGCGGACCCAACAGCAUAUGCACGGCAUGUCUUCAGGAGUUUUGACACAAAUGCAGACGGCACCUUGGACUUCAAGGAGUACAUUGUUGCUCUGCACCUCACCUCUGGAGGAAAGACUCUGCAGAAGCUGGAGUGGGCCUUUGCCUUGUAUGACGUGGACGGCAAUGGAACCAUCAGCAAAAAUGAAAUCCAAGAGAUCGUCAGGUCAAUAUUCAACAUGAUCCCUGCAGAGGACCAGAAGAAACUCCCUGACGAUGAAAAUACUCCUGAGAAGAGGGCUGAAAAGAUCUGGGCGUUUUUUGGAAAGAAGGAAAACGAUAAAAUCACGGAGGGAGAAUUCAUUCAGGGCGUGAUGGACAACAAGGACAUCCUGCGCUUGAUACAAUAUGAUGAACCUCAGAGAAUCAAAGAUAAGCUGAAAGAAAAGAAGCAAUGAUUCAGGAGAUUAAAUUGCAUCUUCUUGUGAUUUAAGACUGUUAAUAACCAUAAUUUUUUGUUUACCUCUUUCAUUUGUCUGUUUGAGCUACGUCUCUUCUUUUGUGAAGGCUGUUUUGGUUUACAGCUGAACCAAUGAAUGAUUAUAUCAGAUAGUAAAAAAGACAAAGAUCUGAAAAUGUGUUUUGAACUAAGACUGCAGCUGUGCAGCUUAGAUGCUUCACUUCAGGUUAGCUAAUUGGUAAUUAAUGUGGGGCAACCUUUAAAUCCUGGUAAUGUAGGAGUUUUUUUAUAGGAGCUUGUAAAAACUUUGUAGUUUAUGAUGUCAUUAAAAGUGAUUACCUGUGUAUCUUGACAUCUUAACCAAUUUUAACGUUUGUCUGCCAGCUAUAAUCUCACCAAUCAAUUACUCUUACUGAUUGGACAGCUGGGUGUUUUUUCACACUUUGGUUCAUUCAUUAGCCUAAUUGAGAAAAAGUCAGAACAAGAGCUCCUUAUGUGUGGAAUUAGGCUCAGGUUAACAGUCCGCCUGUAUCAACCAAUCCUAUUAAAAGCUGAAGGUCAGUUGAGACACUUGCGUAUUAGCGUAUGUGCUGCUGAGUCCAGUCAGGAUAAGAGAGGCUUGACACAGGGGAACAAAACAUUGUUUGAUUAUAUAUAUUUUUAUUUAUUUCAGACAGCACAAUUAAUUUAUAUUCGCCUGAUUUAUUUUGUUUUUGCAAUUUAACUGAUACAAGUAAAACCAACUGAAGAAAUUAGAAGAAAUACAUAAUAUUUGCAGCAACAAUUGCAAUGUAUGGUCUAAAAACAUUC